GUUAUUUUCUUUUUAUGACCAAACUUUUCCCGAAGCCACUCAUCGAAUAUUUUGGAACAGAAGAUGUUCGACAAAAUGCCUUAACGGAACGGCAAAUAGGCUUAUCAAUGGCGAUGCUUUCAUCUCUUACAAGACGCACUGUUCUCUCAUUCCCAUUAACCAAACACCCAUUAUCCACAAUUUCUGCUUCUACUUCUUCUCCACCACAAUCGGAAGAUGAAACUUUAGUCUCAGCCGCCACAACAAUCCUCAAACACCAUCGCUCAAAAUCACGAUGGUCCGAGAUUCUUUCUCUAGCUCCUCCAACUUCCGGUUUCACUCCUUCCCAAGUCUCUAAAAUCAUUCUUCAACUCCGCAACACACCUCAUCUCGCUCUCCGUUUCUUCAAUUUCACAGUCCACCGCUCCAUAUGCUGCCACUCUGUUUCUUCAUAUGCCACCAUCAUUCACAUCCUCUCCCGUUCUCGCCUCAAAUCCCAAGCCCUAGAGUUAAUCAAAUGCGCUAUUCGUAAAUUUCCUGACACCCAUAAACCUGAUUUAUCAAACCCACCAAGGGUUUUUGAAAUCUUGGUUAAAACUUACAGAAGUUGUGAUUCGGCUCCUUUUGUGUUUGAUUUGUUGAUAAAAGCUUAUUUGGAUUCUAAGAAAAUUGAUGUUUCUGUUCAACUUGCGAGAAUCUUGGCUUCCAAGAAUAUUUUCCCACAUAUUGUUGUAUGUAAUUCUUUGAUUGAGUUGAUUGCGAAAAGUCGAGGUCCUUUUGCUGCUUAUGAUAUGUAUGUGGAAAUCUUUAGGUGUGAGAAGGGGGAAGGGAGUGGUAGGGAGGUAAAGGGUGUGAUGGCGAAUGCUUAUACGUUUAACGUUCUUAUGGUUGCUUUUCAUAGGGAAGGAGUAGUGGAGAAGGUUGAGGAGGUUUGGAAGGAAAUGAUGGCAAAGAAUUGUACUCUGAAUGUGUAUAGUUAUAGCAUUUUAAUGGCUGCGUAUUGUGAAGAUGGAAGGAUGGAGAAUGCCAUGAAAGUUUGGAAGGAGAUGGGUGAUGAGGAUGUGAAGCAUGAUAUUAUAGCUUAUAAUACCAUAAUUGAGGGGUUUUGCAAAGUCGGAAAGGUUGAGAGAGCUGAGGAGGUUUUCAGGGAGAUGGUCUUCAAUGGGGUAGAAUGUACUUGUGUUACUCUUGAGCAUCUCAUAAAUGGACAUUGUAUGAGCGGGAAUAUUGAUGCAGCUCUAGUUUUGUAUAAGGAUAUGUGUCGAAAGGGGUUCAAGCCAGAGAGUUCAACAAUAGAUGUAGUGGCUAAGGUGCUCUGUGACAAAAGUGGAGUUUUUGAUGCCUUGGAAUUCGUGAGGGCUGUAAUAAAGAAACACGAUAUUGUACCAAGGAAGACAACGUAUGAACUUCUGAUACAGAGCUUGUGUAAGGAGGGGUGGAUGGAAGAAGCUCUGAAACUUCAGGUAGAGAUGGUGGGGAAAGGAUAUGCACCAAAUUUUGAAAUAUAUAGUACUUUCAUUGAUGGGUACAUCAAGCAAGGGGAUGAAGAAAAGGCUGAAACUUUGAGGAAUGAAAUGCUUAGGAAUAAGAUACCAUGUAAAGACAGCUAGAAGUUUGUAUGCCAUGCAGAAUUUUGACCAAAUUUCAAAUCGUGACUUCUGGCUAUGAGGUUAAGAAAAGACGAGGCGACUUUGCCAAAGUGCAAGUCUGUCAGUAAAUCAAAGCAAGGUACUCUCUGGAGUGCGUCUUCAUGAUUUGGAGGAAAUGAGCACUACAUUCUUGCUGAAACACUGUAGGGGAUCUUAUGAUGAUUUUUGCUACCCUUAUGAGGAUGGUACUUCUCUAAGGACAUGGAUAAAAGGUUUAUGAAUAUGAGCACUGCCUAACUUCUUGAGGAGGUCCCCCUACAGUACCAUGAGAAGAUUGACACUCUAAGUGCAAAGCUUCACGAGCAAAACUUAUCUGUUUCCUGAAGCUAUACUAUGGAUAUUGGAGAACAUUUGAUGCUGCUCGACCGAAAAGUAACCAAGAACGUGAUGAACCCAUGGAUAAUGCAUUAUAAGAAGGCCAAUCCCGCAUAUAUCCAUGAGUAGAUAGAGGGUGAUGACCAAAGUACCAAAUCAAACGGCUGAAUGUUAUCUAGAAGCUUCCGGGCAGCUAAAAUGAGAUUGCGUGAAAUGCAACACAUCACUCAUACGAUAAGUCUCAUACUGUUUCCUGAAGCUAUACUAUGGAUAUUGGAGAACAUUUGAUGCUGCUCGACAGAAAUGUAACCAAGAAUGUGAUGAACCCAUGUAGAAUCCAUGAUAACAAGGCCAAUCCAGCAUAUAUCCAUGAGUAGGUCGAGGGUGAUGACCCAAGUACCAAAUCAAACGCCUGAAAUUAUCAAGAAGCUUCCCGGCAGCCAAAAUGAGAUCACGUGAACUGCAACUCAUCACUCAUACGAUGAGUCUCAUAGUACGUAACUCUUAACUAAUUCAGACAUUAUGUAAUUAUUCUGUCAUCACCCUCGACCUACUCAUGAACAUUGGCUUUACAUAAAUAAAUUGCUUUAUCAGUGA